AUGACCUCCUUUGAGCUAGACUUGACCAAGAGAAACUACAUCGCUAAAAAUAAUCUAAAGCUGAAUGCAGUAAUUUCUACUAUUUUGCUGAUAGCCUAAAUAUUUCCUAUUUUCAUGCCGUGGUUCGGAGACCCUAAUUAUGAAUUUGAUCCUAACGAAAAACCCUCUUCACUUAAUAUAAUUAGCAGGUAUCGAAAAAAGAGCUAGACCUAUCUGAUUUUCUCACUAUUCUCAGUGUUUGUGAACAAUGAGUGGAUGACUAUUAUGGAUUUUAUAGACAGAGACUGCCCUUAUGUAAUUAGAGGAGGCUUUGAAUGCAUGGAGUAUGAGAGUUUCCUAUAUGCAUCUAUCGGUGUAAGUAUUCUUAACAUUAAUAAGUGA